AUGAAAUCGAAACAUAAGACACAAUCAGAUGAUUUAAGUUCAAGUGACAAUGUGAGAAAAAUUAAAAAAUCAAAUAGUAGAAAACAUAAACUAUUAAUAGAUUAUAAUAUAAAAUAUGUAGAAGAUACAGAAUCUACAGAUGAUGAAGUGGUGAAUGAUAAUAAAAUUGAAGGUACUACAGCAAUUCAACCACAAUUAGAUGCUUAUAAGUUAGGAUUUUAUAACUAA